AUGGAUGAGGAAGAAUUGCAAUUGAAGAAGGAGCUCAGAGAAAAGAAGGCACAGGAGUUGGCAAGACGCAAGCGCGCCAGAGACAACACUGAAAGGAAGGAGGACACCAAAAGGCCACUAAAAAAUUGCGCAAUCUACAUCUCCCAUCUACCUUUAGAGGUAACAAAAGACGAAGUAAUAGAAGAGUUCACGAAGUAUGGAGUUAUUAGGAAGGACUUGAAAUCCAGUGAGCCCAAGUGCAAGUUCUAUUAUGGUGUUGAUGGGAGCUUUGAGGGUGCCGCUUUGAUUGUGUACAUGCGACCUGAAAGUGUGCGAAUGGCAGUUGAUUUAAUGGAUGGGUACAGCUUUAUGGGUAAUAAAUUAAAAGUAGAGGAGGCCACAUUCAAGAAGGAGCCAAAGGAUGAUAAGAAAAGCCCCAAUGCCUCCCAAGAAGGUUCGCGUGAUGUUUCUGCUGAACCUAAACUAAAUAACAUACAUGCCAAGCUUAAUGAACAGGAACGCGAACUCCAAGACUGGGACGACACCACAGACGAAAAAACUACCCCACGGGAGGAAGGAAGUGAGGUCGAUAGCAUACCAGAUGAAUCGGAAAAUGCUUCUUCCCGCACUGUUGUUCUCGCGAAUGUUUUAGAUCUGUACGCGAAUCUCGCACCGCAACAGAUAGCCGAGGUAGCUGCUGAUCUUAAAGAAGGUUGCGAAGCCAUAGGAAGCGUUUCAUCUUUCGAGUUUGACGAAGUGUUGGGGCAAGCUAAAGUAGAGUACAAGUCCAGCGAAAUAGCUCAAAAAUGUUGCCAGUUGAUGAAUGGGCGAUACUUCGAUGGAAGAAAGCUUGUUGCUUACAACCUGGAACAAGGUGAAGAAGAGGAAGAAGACGAGGUUGCGGAAUGGUGA